AUGCAUAUUAAAAGUGAUGAUAAGGAGCACUUCCUACAUAUUACCAGGCGCAAGUAUAGGAAACAGUAUAAACGAUUAAAGAGGUUAUACGGUCAUGAUGAGUAUCUGGUAGAUCCGAAGGCCAUUAUGAAAAAGCGACAGUUGUUCAAAUAUUGGCGGAAAAAAGAGCUACUCUUCUCGAAAGUCAAGGAUUCUCCUAUUUAUAUGACGGACGAGUUAUGGUACAGUGUCACACCUGAGAUCCUUGCUGUGUUUUUGGCAAAAUUUUUGAGAGCAUGUCUGCCGAAUGCGAAUAAAAUUUUAGAUGUAUUUUGUGGGGGAGGAGGUAACGCAAUACAGUUUGCGAAAUUGUUUAGUCAAGUGUACGGUGUUGAUAAUGCCAUAGAACACCUGUUUUGUACGUUCAAGAAUGCUCAAACUUACGGUGUAGGCGAUAGAAUUUGGCUGAAAUAUGGUCCGUGGGAGCGCAUAUCAGCCAGAGGUAGAUUUGCUAAGCUCGGUAUAGAUUGCAUAUUUGGAUCUCCACCUUGGGGCGGUCCUCAGUAUCUGAAGCAAGAUGUCUAUGACUUAGAAUUGGCAUUAAAACCCAUGGGCAUUACAGAGUUGCUGAAAAGCUUCGCAAAAAUAAGUGACAAUAUUGUGCUGUUUUUGCCGAGAAAUUCUGAUUUACAUCAACUAUCAAGAGCUACAAGAUCAGUAAUGGGUGCAGAUGCAAAGUGUCGAAUAUUAAAAGUCAGUGUACACGGAUAUGUUAAAGGUAUUUAUUGCAUGUGGGGCCAAUCACUAGUUGACAGUAGUAAGCAAUCUGAUAGUCAAAUUGAAGUAGGUUAUGUUGACUCUCAAGAUGACAAUGCAGAAGAAAAGUCAGAAGCUGAAGCAAUAAAAAGGGACCCUGUGAACUAUGAAAUUGAUGGAUAG